ACCAAUUAAACCUUUUUAAGUUUCCUUAAUAAUUCUUAUUGUGCUUUCUGGAAGAGAAGAUUGUUAUGGCUCAAUCUAAGAGCUUGGUUGUUGUAUUUGCUUUUCUUGCCUUGGCUUCGGUUGCUUUCUCUCACAAGAUUGGUGGCCAUGGCGGCCAUGGUGGCAAUGGCGGAGGCGGAUACUAUUUGUAUCCUCAAUUUUAUGAUCAUUCAUGUCCAAGAGCUCAAGAGAUAGUGAAGUCUAUAGUGGCUAAGGCUUUUGCAAAGGAAGCUCGUAUUGCUGCUUCCUUGCUUAGGCUUCAUUUCCAUGAUUGUUUUGUUAAGGGUUGUGAUGGUUCAAUAUUGUUAGAUAGCAGUGGGACAAUAGCUAGUGAGAAAAGAUCAAAUCCAAACAGAAACUCUGCUAGAGGAUUUGAAGUGAUUGAUGAGAUCAAAUCUGCUUUGGAGAAAGAAUGUCCUCAAACUGUUUCUUGUGCUGAUAUUUUGGCCAUUGCUGCCAGAGACUCCACUGUCAUUACUGGAGGACCAAGUUGGGAAGUUCCAUUAGGAAGAAGGGAUUCAAGAGGAGCAAGUCUAAGUGGCUCUAAUAAUGACAUUCCUGCUCCUAACAACACUUUCCAAACCAUUCUCACUAAGUUCAAGAGACAAGGCCUUGAUAUUGUUGAUCUUGUUGCUCUUUCAGGUAGUCACACCAUCGGAAACUCCCGAUGCACUAGCUUCAGACAACGUCUUUACAACCAAUCCGGUAACGCCCAGCCUGAUCCUUCUCUCGAUCCAUCAUACGCUGCCGAGUUGCGGAAGCGAUGCCCGAGAUCAGGUGGUGACCAGAACCUGUUCUUCCUGGACUUCGUGAGCCCCACCAAGUUUGACAACUACUACUUCAAGAAUAUUUUAGCUGCAAAGGGUCUGCUGAACUCAGAUGAAGUUCUGUUGACAAAGAACUUGCAAUCAGCAGAAUUGGUGAGAGCAUAUGCAGAGAAUUCUGAGUUGUUUUUUGAGCAAUUUGCAAAGUCUAUGGUGAAGAUGGGAAACAUUUCUCCUCUAACUGGCUCAAGAGGAGAGAUCAGAAAGAACUGCAGGAAAGUUAAUAGAGAUUAGGAAAAUAUUAACUUGGGGAAGAUGAAGAUCAUGUUUCAAUGUAUUGGGUGUGAAAAGUUUUUUCUUUUUUGAGUCAAAUUCUUCUAUGCUUUGUUUUUUCAACUUAAGAUUUGAGUUCUGCUUUAAUCCAAUAUGGUACCAUGGGAAAGUUAAUGUAUUUGACUAUUUGUGUUCCUUUGUAUCUCUCAGCUCUUCUUUAAUAAAUUUGGUAGUUUUUCUUUC